AUGGACGACGAGGCCGACGUCAUCCCUGUUCGUGGCAAUGAUGACGUUCAGGGGUAUCCCUCACGUCGAGCGCGACGUGAUCAUGACAUUGAAUGGUGGAGAAAAUUUGGCUACGGAGUUGGCCAUUUCUACAAUGACCUGUGUGCAAGUAUGUGGUUCACUUAUCUCAUGAUUUAUCUCGAGAAAGUUCUUAAAUUCCGUAGUUCUCGGGCUGGAAUGUUGAUGUUAAUCGGCCAGGUUACCGAUGCCAUUUCAACUCCCCUUGUUGGGAUCGCUAGCGACUCCAACGUAUUACCAAGAUGUUUUGAUAAAAUUGGUCGACGAAUCUCUUGGCACAUGAUAGGCACUUCUGAAUGGUACAAAGUACUAUGGUUCAUACCAUUUAUUAUGCUAUUUCAAUUCGGCUGGGCAUCGGUUCAGAUCUCACAUCUAGCAUUAAUCCCUGAGUUGUCCUCAAUCGAUAGUAGCCGAACUACGAUGAAUUCUUUAAGAUACUCUUUCACUGUCAUCGCGAACUUGUCGGUAUUUAUGGUAUUAGCCUGGUUCCUUUCUCAGAGCACUGACCAUUCUCAGAUUGGCCCAUACGAUUUCACUCAUUUCCAGACUGCUGGCUUUAUUGUUGUGGGUAGUGGAUUGCUAGUAACCCUGCUAUUCUAUGCUGUGGUUCGUGAACCAAAACAUGGUCGAAGACUGAGUCGUGUGAACUCGAUCUCGUCUGAUGCGAGUGAGUUGAUUAGGAUGCAUUGGACGAGCUGGUUCGGUUACAUACAAUUUUACCAGAUUGCCUUGCUCUACAUGUUAUCCCGUUUGUGUAUAAAUGUCUCUCAAGUUUACUUUCCAUUUUACAUUACACUGACUCAGGAUUACCCUAAGAAGUACGUGGCGAUAUUCCCAAUGGUCUCUUACCUUUGUUCAUUUGUGGUAUCGACUGUGAACGGACUACCAUGUUUGAAUACGUUGAUCAAUAGGAAGUUCCUAUUCCUUCUUGGAGUGUUAAGCGGCUUGGGAACAUGUGUUUGGAUGCUCUUCGAAUUGCCUCUCUGGCAGAUGUACUCUGUAGCGGGACUUAUGGGUGUCACGCAGUCGAUACUUCUCGUAACCUCACUAUCCAUCACUGCUGAUCUGAUCAAUAGAAACACAGAAAGCGGUGCGUUCGUGUACGGUGCAAUGAGUUUCGUUGACAAACUCGCAAAUGGUGUUGCCUACCAAAUCAUCGAACUUUGGAAUCCAUCGUGCGAUCCGACGCAACCGCAUCGUGCUUGCAAAAUCUUCUACCGGACGAUUAUGGUGUACGUCCCUGCUGGAUGUCUCAUAGCAGCACUCGUGGUCCUUUUGUCACUAAUACCAUCGCAAAUUGGCCGUAGAAGAAGAGCGCAAAGCCCGGACGAGGUUGCUAUUAUGGACGACGAUGGGCUCGUCGAGGAGGCGGAGCAGUGA